AGGUAGCUCUCAAACCUUUCAAUACACCUGCACAAUACAAACUUCCUCAAAGACAACCUUUGAGUUCACUUUGUUCAAGAAUUCUCUCCUCUAUUUCUUAAAAGAAACAAAUCCUAAGAGAGUCAUCAUCAGUAGUCAUGGCUCUCUCACGUCCCAUGAUCUUUCUCUCCCUUUUCCUUACAUUUGUAGCUCUUUCUGCUGCUCAAUCUCCUAUGAUGGCCCCCACAAUGCCACCAUCUACCAUGGCAAUGCCACCAAUGACUACCACUCCUCCACCAAUGGCCGCCAUGUCACCACCACCAAUGGCCGCCAUGUCACCACCACCAAUGGCCACCAUGUCACCACCACCAAUGGCACCACCAGCUCCUAUGGCACCCGGAAUGGAACCCGUGGGAUCAGAGCCAGCUGCACCGGGACCUAUGAAUGGUGGAAUGGCUCCUCCUCCGUCUAAUGGUUUUGUUCAUGGAAUUAGUAGCAUGGCUAUGGUAGCAAUUCUUGGGAGUGUAGCACUUUUGUUCUAAAUUUAAUUUGGUCAUUUUAAUUUGCUUUCAUAUUGUUGUAGAUUACAAAUAAUUUACUUAUUUGUGUAUUUAUUUUGUUAAGCUCUUUGUAUUGUUGAUUUUGUGUGGAAGAGUGAGGAAUUUGAGGACGUCUGGUUGGAGAUUUAUCAAAUGUUACAUGCUCUAUGCGUAACAUUUUGAACAUUAGCUUAAUAAGACACUAUUCUCUCUUUCUUUCCUUUUAAA